AAUAACAGCCGGCACUAGGGCCCGUCGCGCCGUGUUCCUCAGUCGCCGCGAUGGACUUCGUCACGCUGCUGACCAGGGUAGCCACCUUGCUCACCGCCUGCGUGUACGGCGUGCACUUCGUGGCGCGCAAUGUCUGGCGCUGGCUGAAGAACCCCACCAACUUCUUCUGGAGGGUGGCCAAGCGGCCGACGCCGCCUGCUGUGCUCAGCGACCCCGCCCUCGGGGAGCAUCGCUAUGCUCAACUGAAGGACGUGAAAAUACAUUACGUUGAGAAAGGAGAUAAAUCGCACCCGCUGAUGUUAUUCGUCCACGGCUACCCAGAGUUUUGGUACUCAUGGAGACAUCAGAUCAAGGAAUUCUCGAGAGACUACUGGACAGUUGCAAUGGAUAUGAGAGGAUUUGGAGACUCCGACAAGCCAGAGGGUAAACAAAACUAUAAGAUCGAACUGCUUGUCGAGGAUAUAAGGAACCUCGUGCAAGCUCUAGGGCGAGAAAAGUUCACCCUCGUCGCACACGACUGGGGAGGCGUGGCUGGCUGGGCAUUUGUGUUUAAAUACUACCACAUGCUGAACAACUACAUCAUCCUUGACGCUCCUUUCCCAGAUGCUUGGUCGAAUAUGGUAUUUUCUGACAAGGAUCAGUUCUUAAAAUCUUGGUAUGUGUUUUUCUAUCAACUGCCGUUUCUUCCUGAAUUCGCUCUACGCCUGGAUGACUUCGGCAUCUUUGAUACGAUUUUUCGCAUGUAUGCCAAGGUUCCAAUAAAAAAAGAAGAAAUUGAAGCAUAUAAAUAUACCUUUGGAAAGCCAGGAGCGCUGACGCCGCCCAUCAACUACUACCGGGCCCUUAUGGAGGCGCCAUGGCACCAGCCGUCACCGCCGAGAGGCAAGCCGCUGCCCCCCGGACUCUUCCUGUUCGGCGAGAAGGAGUUCGCGCUCUCCUUCGACUUCCUGUCUCACGCCAGGGACCAGAUAGGAGUGCCCACCGCCAUCGUCAAGGAGGCGGGACACUUCGUGCAGCAGGAAAACCCAGAGGAAGUCAACAGGCUCAUCAGGGACUUCCUGUCCGGCCAGGGAGCUCGCUGACGUCUCGUACCUGCAACUGCAAAAAGUUUCCCUUUUCAGUGCCAUUAAAGCCGGAAAGGCCUGUGCCUCAGAACAUAGUCUACAGCAGGAGCACUGCGAAUUAAGACUGAUGGAGAGACUUGUCGUCUUUCUCUGAUCCUUGUGAUUAUGGGGUGACUGUGCUGAGUAUUAUUGUGAACGCACAUAAUAAAAACAAUCACAAAGUUUUCGCUAGUAUAAAACAACGUUUUCAGACAAUGAUGUACUGCACAUGACUACAUAAUGUUCACUUUUCACUGUAUGCUGGCGGUGUACAAGCCAGGUAGAUAUAAAUGGCCAAUUUCAAUUUUUAUAUCUUCUCAUAAAAUAGUAUCUGUA